AUGGUCGACCGCCCAAAGAAACCAUCCGCGCUCUCCGCGACACCGGGCCUCGCCCCACAAGCACAAGUUACAAUCUCGCACUCCAACAACCGCGUCUCUGCCGUGCUACCCACAGGAGAGAGCAUCGAGGUGCUGCUCUUUGGAGCAACGAUCAUCAGCUGGAAGGAUGCGAAGGGCGGGGAGAAGCUGUGGGUUAGUGGGAAAGCGAAGACGGAUGGGACGAAGGCUGUUAGAGGGGGUGUUCCAGUGGUGUUUCCCGUGUUUGGCACAGCACCCGACCACGCAGCGACAUCUAAGCUCCCCCAGCACGGUUUCGCACGCACCUCUCGCUGGGAGUUCCUUGGCAAGUCGACCUCCGAAUCCUCCUCCAUUUCCGGCAGUGGUGAUGAUAGCGUGAAGUUGGAUUUCGGGCUGUCUCCCAGCAAUCUGAGUGAAGGGAGUAGAAAGGCAUGGCCGUUUGAGUUCGGCUUGAUCUAUAGCGUUACGCUGGGUCGUGGCAUUCUAAGCACGAGUAUGGUGGUGAGGAAUGAGGGAGACGAGGCGUGGGAGUUUCAGACGCUGAUGCAUACUUAUUUUCGCGUUGCGGAUAUCGCAAAAGUCGAAAUUACAGGCCUCGAAUCCUCCCAGUACCUCGACAAACUUACGACGCCUAUCCCAUCAACCGCCACCUCCCCCUCCGCUUCUCUCAAGAUCGCCGCACAAACAGACCGUGUCUACAGUCCUGCGGGUGGUCCCGAAGUUCCUGUUGUGAUUAAGGAAGGAGGCAAGGAGACGUUUAGCAUUGUGAGGGAUAAUUUGAAUGAGAUUGUCGUGUGGAAUCCGUGGGAGGCUGGCGCGAAGGCCACGGCGGACUUUGAGCCAAAGGACGGGUAUAAGGAGAUGGUUUGUGUGGAAGCAGGCGCGGUGAAGGGUUGGGUUAAACUUGAGGGGGGGGAGAGCUGGGAGGGUGGGCAGGUUGUCACGGCUUUGUAG